AUGGCCUCAAAACAUAGAUCAGAAGAGGAUUUAACCUGUCCUGUGUGCUGUGACAUCUACACAGAUCCUGUUAUUUUAUCAUGUAGUCACAGUAUUUGUAGAAUCUGUUUAUAUCAGUUAUGGAAAACUAAAGGAAAUCCAGAGUGUCCAGUUUGUGGUACAACACCCUCAAAGAGCACGCCUCUUUCUAAUCUGGCCUUAAAGAACCUGUGUGAGAUCUACUUACAGGAGAGAAGUCAGAAAACUUCCACAGGGUCUGAGGAGUUCUGCAGUCUCCACAAUGAGAAACUUAAACUCUUCUGUCUGGAGGAUAAAGAGCCUGUGUGUGUGGCGUGUCGGGACUCAAGAAAACAUGAAAAUCACAACUGUUGUCCCAUUGAUGAAGCUGCAGAGGACCACAAGGAUCAACUCAAGACUGCACUGAAGCCUUUACAGAAGAAGUUGGAGAUAUUUGAAAAUUUCAAACUAACCUUUGACAAAAUGGCAGAGCAUGUCAAGGUGAGGACAGAACUCACAGAGAGGCUGAUUAAAAAGGAGUUUGAGGAACUUCACGAGUUUCUACGAGAUGAAGAGGCAGCCAGGAUAACUGCACUGAGGGAGGAAGAGGAGCAGAAGAGUCAGAUGAUAAGGAAGAAGACUGAGGAGAUGAGUAGAGAGAUAUCAUCUCUCUCAGACAAAGUCAAGGCCACAAAAGAGGAGAUAAAAGCUGAGAAGGUUUCUUUCUUAAAGAACUUUGAUAUUUCAAUGAAAAGGGCCCAGUGCACACUGCAGGAUCCACAGAUGCUUUCAGGAGCACUGAUCAAUGUGGCAAAGCACCUGGGCAACCUGAAGUUCAGAGUCUGGGAGAAGAUGCAAAACAUUGUUCCAUACAUUCCUGUGAUACUGGACCCCAACACUGCAGAAUCACGCCUCGUCCUAUCCGAAGAUCUGACCAGUGCAAGACUUUCUCUUGAGAGAAAGCAGCUUUCUGAAAACCCAGAGAGAUUUGAAUAUGGUUAUCCAUGUGUGCUGGGCUCUGAAGGCUUUGAUUCAGGCACACACUGCUGGGAUGUUGAGGUUAAGGACAUCACAAACUGGGCCCUGGGUGUGAUUACAGAGUCUGUCCAGAGAAAACCUAACUUAGUAAAAAGUGGACAGUGGUGUGUGGAGUACUAUUUUGGUGAAUAUGAUGCUCACUCACCCAUACAAUCACAGCCUGUCCUCUUAGCGAAUAAUAAACUGCAAAGGGUCAGAGUUCAGCUGGAUUGGGAAAGAGGAAAGCUAUCGCUCUCUGACCCUCUUAAUAACACACACAUACACACUUUCACACACACUUUUACUGAGAGAGUCUUUCCGUUCUUCUGUAAUAACAGCAAUCUCUACCCUCUGACUGUCUUACCAAUGACGACUUCUAGAACAGGUGAAAAAUAAGAUUAAAACUUUAUUAAAGGUUUUGGAGCCUGCACUGCCUUCAGUGUGAAUCAAAUCAAGCAUAAUCACUAUGACUAAAGUGUUAAUAGGGAUGGGAUACCAUGUUUCAGAUUAGCAACAU